GCGACAUAUUUGAGCGCUCUCAUUAUAAUAAUCAACAAAGCUCUGCGAUGAUGAUGGGGGCGUUCUAGUUGAAUCGCGUCGCGCUCGCGGGCGUCGUUCGUAGAUCUCCUUCUGUCAAUCAGACUCUGAUCAGGUCCGAUCUGCCACCUGUGGUGUGCCUGACUCACUCGUGCCUGUUGCUUCAUGUGUUUUGGAGCGAUAUGUGUCUGUGAUUAUGCGCGCGACCGGAUGAUAACGAUCAGGAUGAGGACGCUUUGCGGAUAGAUGCGUUUGUAUUCGGUAUUCUCCCCGCAUGUUUGCUGUUUUUUUCUCCUCCUCCGGCGACAUCUGAUGAAGUUUUAGAUGCACUAUGUGAUUUGUGAUACAGUCUCAAGAAGAACACCGAAAGCGAGCCUCGUUUAUUUGUUUCCGCGAUGUCAAUCAAAAAGCCCACAUUGUCGACGGAGAAUGGGGUUAAAAACGGGACGUCGAGAAAUGUGCUGGAGCGGUGCGCCUCGGUCAACGAGUAUUUUGAUAUUGCCUUCAAGGUGAUGCUGCUGGGCGACUCUGCAGUGGGGAAGACCUGCGUCCUGGUCCAAUUUAAAGAUGGCGCUUUUCUGGGAGGAAACUUCAUCGCAACAGUGGGAAUAGACUUUAGGAAUAAGGUGGUCACGGUGGAUAACAUGAAGGUCAAACUCCAGAUUUGGGAUACGGCAGGACAGGAGAGAUUUCGCAGUGUUACUCAUGCAUACUACAGAGAUGCUCAGGCUCUACUGCUGCUGUAUGACAUCACAAGAAAGUCUUCGUUUGACAACAUCAGAGCCUGGCUGACUGAAAUCUAUGAGUAUGCACAGAAGGAUGUGGUCAUCAUGUUGCUUGGCAACAAGUCAGACAUGGCUGCAGAGAGGGUCAUCACACACGAGGAGGGCCAGAAAUUGGCUAAGGAAUACGGAGUCCCUUUCAUGGAGACAAGUGCCAAGACAGGAGUCAAUGUUGAACUCGCUUUUCAAGCCAUAGCAAGGGAACUAAAGCACAGAAGUGCCCAGCAGCCCCACGAACCCAAAUUCAAGAUCCACGAUUACAUCGAAUCCCAGAAGCAAAAGUCGAGCUGCUGCGGCGGAGUCGUGUGAUCUCCCGAGGGAUAUUUGUAUACGGAAAUGUGCGUGCAUUGUUUUAGUGUAUCCAGACCCCCGAACCCAGUUUGCUUUCAUCAUUAAGGAAUACACAGCCAAAUACUGCUGGAGCUAAUGAAGUACAUCACGGUAAUAAGAGAUGAUGUUGCUUUACAAAAACGGUAUUUAUCCAGGUGUGUACAGUAUCUAGGUGUGUCUGAGUGUGUGUUUGUUUGUGUAUUGUGGUUCACAGGUUUUUUUGAUGAUUAUGGUCACUUACAGUACGUGCACAACGUUUAAAUAUUAUAUGGCACGCAAAUGUGCUCAAACUGGGCAGUGAGCUUGUGUCCGUAGAGUGUUUUUAUAUCAAAUCGAGUGUCGAAACGUUACCAUGGUUUAAUAUAUGUUUACAAUCAGUGUAUAUUGACUUGAAAACAAUCAUAGCUUGACCUAGUCCGGCUUUAUAUAUAACUUUUUCUUAGCUUUGCAUACGUACGAGCAUGUCAUACAUUCAUGCCUCUCACCUUCGCUGUAUGAUUGUUUGGUACGGAUAUUAAUAUGUAAUAAUGUAUAUGAAUCUGAAGUGUAAAAUAAUGUUUGGAUUGUUUUGUCUCAUCUAAAUGUUUUGUUUGAUAUCACACCAGUUCAUCACUAAGUGCCAUGAGGAGGUCCAUUGUAACGCCAUAUACUAAUUGUUUUGUAACAGAAUGGUUUUUGGGUUCAGUCUUUUAGGAUUUUUUCUAAAUAACAUUUUAAGGUUUAAAGCCACAUGGUGGCGGUGUUACACAUUAAGAGCUUAACAAUUUUAUUAGAUUCAUAUGUGCCCUGUUGUUGUAUCAGAGUUUAAAUUACUUUCAGUGGACAUCAGGUUUCACUACAAAUACGAGAAUAUGAAAUUGAAUGUGAAUGAUGAAAUGCUUGUGUUGUUCAUUGUAAAUUUAUCUGCAUUAAAGCAAUUGAAUAAACGUAAGUGUUAUUUGA